GUGUCACCCGUCCAGCUCUCCACCGCCCUGGGUUUGCCUCGACCAGGUCAAUUGCCUCAUACCACGCUCGCCUCUCGACUUUUGAACGUCGCCCAUCGCUGCGUCCGCGUUACAGCACCCCGUCUCACCGAGCGGUUCUCGACAUCUACGGCAGCUUAAGCAAGAGCUUUCUGCCUACACUCGCUUCACCCCACCUUACGACCUCGAUACGAACAUAUACAUUUUAAUACUCAUCCACAAUGUGGGACGCAGCUGGUCCCGUCGUCCAGGCCCUAGUGUCUAGGGCGGACUCAUCCGGCAUUCCAGAUAUCGACGACCCAUGGGCAACAAAGGACAUUGUCUACGUGGCAAUUGUCGGCAGCGUCAUGCUUGCUGCCUUGCUUGAAUGGUUCCUUUGGGUUGCCGCUUUCUUGUACUGCAUCGUCAAGGUCUUCCAGAAGGCCGAGACCAUCAGUGUACGACUCCUCGCCAUCUUCUUCGGAAUCAUGUUCUUUCUCCUCCGUGCCAUCUUCUUGCCCAUCAUGGUCGUCACUCUUCCUCUGCCCGCCCAGGUAGUUAAGUACUUCCCCCAGGAGAUGGUCGACUUCCUCCAGUGGUUCGCUUUCUGGUCGUUUGCCGGUCUCCUGACAAUCCCGUGGCUGUUCUGUGUCUACCAGCUCGUCACCCACUCCGUCGGCCGCACCAGGAGGAUCAAGAGCGUUCUCGAUGAAACAUCGGCUCCCAAGGUCGUCAUCAUCAUGCCUUGCUACCAGGAAAUUCCUGAGAUUCUCCUCCGAACUUGCGAUUCGCUUGUCGACUGCGAGUACCCGCCUUCUUGCCUGCACAUCUUCCUGUCAUUCGACGGAGAUGCUGAGGACGAACUUUAUCUGAACACCAUUGAGAAGCUCGGCGUGCCUCUUACUCUCGACUCGUACCCCAAGUCUAUCGAUGUCAUCUACCGUGGCUGCCGUAUCACCAUCUCUCGUUUCCCCCACGGCGGUAAGCGUCACUGCCAGAAGAGGACUUUCAAGCUCAUCGACAAGAUCUACGCCGAAUACCUGAAGCGCAACGACAACCUCUUCGUGCUCUUCAUCGACUCCGAUUGUAUUCUCGACAAGACCUGCAUCCAGAACUUCAUGUACGAAAUGGAACUCAAGCCUGGCUCCAAGAAGAACAUGUUGGCUCAAACCGGUGUCAUUACAUCAACCACCGAGAAGAACUCGCUCAUCACUCUGCUCCAGGAUAUGGAGUACAUUCACGGUCAACUGUUCGAGCGUUCCGUCGAAUCUGGCUGCGGUGCCGUCACUUGUCUUCCCGGUGCCCUCACCAUGUUGCGAUUCUCUGCCUUCCGUAAGAUGGCCAAGUACUACUUCGCCGACAAGGCAGAGCAGUGUGAUGACCUCUUCGACUACGGCAAGUGCCAUUUGGGCGAGGAUCGUUGGUUGACUCAUUUGUUCAUGAUUGGCGCCCAAGAGCGUUACCAAAUUCAGAUGAACACUGGUGCUUUCUGCAAGACCGAGGCUGUGCAGACAUACACAUCUCUGCUCAAGCAGCGUCGCCGCUGGUUCUUGGGUUUUAUCACCAACGAAGUUUGCAUGUUGACAGAUAUCCGUCUGUGGAAGCGCUACCCUAUCCUUCUGAUCGUUCGUUUCAUGCAGAACACCAUCCGUACCACCGCUCUGCUUUUCUUCAUCUUGGUCCUCUCUCUCGUCACAACAUCGCAGAAGGUCGCCAACUUGCCUGUCGGUUUCAUUGCCAUCUCUCUUGGACUCAACUGGCUUCUCAUGAUCUACUUCGGCGCCAAGCUCGGUCGUUACAAGGUCAUGCUCUACCCCCUCAUGUUUGUCGUCAACCCCUUCUUCAACUGGGUCUACAUGGUUUACGGUAUCUUCACCGCCGGACAGCGUACAUGGGGUGGACCUCGUGCUGAUGCUGGUUCUGCUGACGCGAAGACCUCCCCCCAGGAGGCGAUUGCCCAAGCCGAGGCCGCCGGUGAUGAUCUCAACGUUGUUCCCGAGACCUUCAAGGCUGCUGCUGAAGCUCAAAAGCGUACCGGAACCGUCCCUCUGCAGCCUACUGUCGAUAUGGAGGGCCGUUUCGCCCCCGCGGAGAGGUUGCCCAACGGCUGGUACCAGCAGAACAACGACUCUGGUCUCACAUUCCCCAACAUGGCGCCCCGCGACCCCAACGCUCCCCACAUCCCACUCCACCCUCGUUCCUCCAUGGAUUCGUUCACUUCCACCGGUACUUCUGCCAACAACUCUGUCUACAUGCCCCGCCGUGUCGAAUCCUUCAUGGACCCUGAGGAUGCGCGCAUUUACCACAAGACUCAGGAGACUCAAAAGCCGGCUGGAGGUGCUUUCUUCGAGGAGCAGCGUCAACAAGGACCUUACGAAGUUGGCAUGAGCUCUGGAAAGGGUGGCUACACCGAGUCGGUCGAGUCUCUCUCUGGCGAUUCGGUCUACGACAAGCAGCAGCAGCAACAACAGUACCGAACCCAAUCGCCGCUUUCCAACCAGGUUGGACAAGGUGAUCUUGCAGCACCCAAGGCUGCGUACAGCCAGCCCACCAACCGCGACUCAAACAACUCCAGCCGUCAGGGACGCAGUCCCCUCGGACAAGAGAGCUACAGCAGCGCACCAGGCAAUGACACCGGCUAUGAGAUGUAUCAGCCCCAGAACAGCAGUCUGAUGCGCGAUGUGUCACCUGCACCCAUGGGCCACAGCAGAAGCGAUUCGACAGACUCGAAGAAGCGCAAGCGCCUCACUAAGGAGCGCAAGUAAAAGCGUCAUUUUUUCUUGAUCUGCAAUCUACUUCAGCAUCUAUGCAUCAAAAUCCGGACCUGGGUGACGGCGUUUUCACAUAUUCGACAGCGGUCUGACUUUUUCACAUCCCUCGCAUUGAGCAGGGCAACUGGCGUUUGAGCGGCCGACAUACUGCAAUCGCUUGCAUCGUUUCUUUAAUGUACAUAUAUGUCUAUGCGCCCAUUCUUCAUGGGCCACGGUGUGGUUAGGCUCGAUUGGAUACGACUUUGACUGUAGAUCAUGA